GAGCUCUCAUUCAUUCUCCGACUAUCGUCCUCUUUCUCUCCGCUCAAUCUCCAGCCUCGGUCUUUUUUCCCGCACACCUCUAACAUGACCUUAUGAAUACGAUGAAGCCGUGAAAUUGAAAAUCUGUGAAACCAAUAACGCUAUAUCCUAAAUCGUCUCAUUUCUCUCCCCCAGCUCCUCUUCCGCCAUCAUGGCCUCCCGGUCGGUCAUUUUGAGGUUCGAGAGCCGCAACGGCCAGUUUCGGCUGACAGUCAGCCCUCAAGAUCUGUUUCCCGCUCUGCAGGAGAAGAUAAUCGAGCAUCUGCCUCCCAAGACAGACCCCGCAUCUAUCGUUCUCUCCAACAAGCCCAUAGGUACUGGUGGCGAAGAAAGGCUGCUGAACACCCUUAGUGGGGUGGCGAUCGAACGAGUUGGUCUCAAACACGGAGACAAGCUUUUCCUUGGGUACAAUGAGACACAAGGACAGCAAAAUGGCGCGAUUAACGGUUCCUCUGCCAUCCCCGAAUCAUCACGUCGCCUAAACGGAGCACCUGUUCCCCAGAACGAUACCGUCACAUUCCGCCCGCCUCCACCGACUUCCCCAACCACAGUGAUAAAGAACCCAUGGGAUGUGGUACAACAAUCGCCGCUCGACAAUGCACUGGAUAAGAAGGAUGGCAAGAUUCAUAGGCCCCGCGAUAUGAAAAUGUGCCGCCAUGGUCCCAAGGGCAUGUGUGACUAUUGCAUGCCACUUGAACCAUACGACCCCAAAUACCUUGCUGAGAAGAAGAUAAAGCAUCUCUCCUUCCACUCAUACCUACGAAAACUCAAUGCUUCCACCAAUAAAGCCGAGCUGAAGAGCUCUUUCAUGCCUCCACUCAACGAACCCUAUUAUCGCGUCAGACGAGACUGUCCGUCCGGACACCCCCAAUGGCCGGAGGGCAUUUGCACCAAGUGUCAGCCAAGUGCCAUUAGUCUACAGCCGCAAGAGUUCCGCAUGGUCGACCAUGUGGAAUUCGCCCACUCUGAACUUGUCAAUUCGUUGCUCAAUUUCUGGCGUAAAUCCGGGGCGCAGCGCUUGGGAUUCUUAUACGGGACGUAUGAAGAAUACGCGGAAGUCCCGCUGGGUGUCAAGGCUGUGGUGCAGGCAAUCUACGAGCCGCCACAGGUAGAUGAGGUCGACGGAGUCACGCUCCACGAUUGGCCUAACGAGAAGGAGGUUGAUGAGGUGGCGCGGCUCUGUGGUAUGGAGAAAAUUGGCGUGAUUUUCACGGACUUGCUUGACGCAGGCGCUGGGGACGGCUCAGUGGUUUGCAAGCGGCACAUUGAUUCCUAUUACCUAUCAUCUCUCGAAAUUGCUUUCGCAGCACGCCUACAAGCGCAACACCCUAAGGCAACGAAAUGGAGCCGGACAGGCCGUUUUGGAUCCAACUUCGUCACCUGUGUCCUUAGUGGAGACGAAGAAGGAGCGAUCACCGUUAGCGCAUAUCAGGCAUCCGUCGCUGCCGUUGAAAUGGUCCGCGCUGACAUCGUUGAGCCGUCCGCUGAGCCGUCUGUGAUGCUGGUUCAGUCCGAGGACGACGACGAACAGAACAAAUCCCGAUACAUCCCCGAAGUCUUCUACCGCAAGAUCAACGAAUACGGCGUUAGUGCCCAGCAGAAUGCCAAGCCGAGCUUCCCUGUGGAAUAUCUCCUUGUCACCUUGACACAUGGUUUCCCGACUGAAUCCUCCCCGCUUUUCACUGACAGCACAUUUCCCAUCGAGAACCGGGAGAUCAUCGGCGAAAGCCAAGAGUUGCGCGACGUUGCGAAGAAAUUGGUCUCGCAUGGCGAUCCAGAGAAGGCAAUCCGUUCCGUGUCAGAUUUCCACCUGCUGUGCUUCUUGCACAACCUAUCCACCUUCAGCAAAGACGAAGAAACCCUUCUCUGCCGCGUCGCAACGUCCCGCAACCCCGCUGAUGGUAUGCAGCUGAUCAACACCCCCGGCUGGGCGACACUGGUUACAAUUCUUCAGGAAAGUGGGAGCUAGCCUAGAAUGAGCGAUUGGUUCUGGUUUCGAUGUCGAACGGAGAUGAUGCCUUUCAACUUCGGUCUCACCGCAGUAUGUAUCCGCUGUGCCUGGUGCUGCUUUCCCUCCUUCCGCUCGACACGCUCCCGAUUGUGCCCUCGUUCUCUCCAAUCUGUUUCGAAAACGUCUGGUUUGUAGAGUAAAAUCUGCAACGCAACCAACCUUCAGCAUCCGCGCGCUGUUCGGUAUUGAUCCCAUUUGGUUUGGGUUGAUCGGCUUCGAGGGCAGGAAAGGACGAGGAAUGGCCAAGCUGAGGGACGGAUCGGCUCGGGUAUUUUGGGUUGUAUUAUAUUAGGUGAUAGACCGGAGGGGUGCCUCGGGUUGCGUGAUAUAAUGCUCCGCCUCUAGAAUAUGAUUCCAAGC